GAGAACAAUAACCAUUAGUACAUAAUAAAAGACCAAAAGAUAAAAUGCACAGAGACGUUGGCACUUGAGUCCUUGAGGCCCCAGACUACAACUCGGGGAAAUAGAGAAGAUAAGCCGCUGUUGUGACUUGCUCCUCGUGUUCUCCUUUGCUCUCCGGGAAUAAAACCAACCCACGAUGGGACCACUCGACUUAGACAACCCAGUGUUCGUGAGUUAUGUCUUCUACUCGGCUAUACUGGCCCUCAAGAUGCUGCUCAUGGGACCCAUCACGGGCUAUUACCGGAUUACCAAGAAGGUGUUCGCCAACCCAGAGGACGCAGCCAAGUUCAAUACGAAAGAAGUGAAGAUGAACGACGCAGACGUGGAGCGCGUGCGCAGAGCUCACCAGAACGACUUGGAAAACAUCCCCGUGUUCUGGGUGGUGGCUCUUCUCUUCGUGCUCACAGGCCCCUCGGAAACCACGGCCCGCUACGUCUUCCGCAUCUACACCAUCGCCCGCAUCCAGCACACGGUCAUGUACCUGAAGAGCAGCGGCAUGCGUGGGAUCGCCUACGGUGUCGCUCUGGCACUGAAGCUCUUCAUGGCGGUCACGGUCAUCUAUACUUUCUGGUAAAAUGUGGGGUGGGUUGCUGGACAUCGUUUUUUAUUAUUUUUGUUUAAUUGUAUUAUUAUUAUUAUUAUUUAUGUAGUUGAUUAUUAUUGUUUGUGUUAAUGUCAUCUUUGGUUUUGUUGCUACAUUUAUUUUCAUGAUCGUUACCUUGUUGUUUAGUUAAUGCUAUUAUUAUUACUAUUAUCUUUAGUUAUCAUUACUAUUAUCGCUGUCAUUUCUUUAAUAAUUAUUACUAUUAUCAUUAUUGUUUAAUUUUGGGGAAAGGGGGUUUGAGGAUAAUGUUAGGGGGGGGGGGGGGGGUCCAAGAAGGACACUUAUGUAUGUUCCUGAACGGUAUUCUCUGUCAGACAAACGGGCCAGUGUAGCCUCACCAUGUACUGCCGUCUUUUGUAAUCUUUAUAUAGUCUCGUUUAUUUAAUUUCUCUUGUAUUUUCCUUGUUUGAUAAGUAAGAAAGGAAAGUGCACUUGUUAGAAAAAUUCACAUUAGUACAUUCCAUUACUGUACGCUCAAUAAAGUUGGCAAAAUAACCGUAAA